AUGUAUGUUUUUUGGGCACAGAGGGAACAGCAGAGUAUACUUAUUCCGCCGGAGAGCAAGUACUACAAAUACACCGUCUGCUAUGAAUGCCACUACUACAAGUACCACUACGACUACUACGUCGACCACUACUACAACUACUACGACGACUACUUCUACCACCUCGACCACAACUACAACUACGUCUACAACGACUACUACUACUACCAGUACCACUACAACGACUACUACGACUACUACCACUACAAGUACUACUACGACUACUACGUCGACCACUACUACUUCUACGACUACGACAUCAACAACGACUUCCACUACUACAACUACUACAACGACUACUACGACUACCAGUACCACUACAACGACGACUACUACAUCAACCACAACUACUACGACUACUACAACGACCACAUCAAACCAUCAGUCACCUUCGUGUACCGAGUGUCAGGAAUCAGCCGCACGUUUACACACCUGUACUUCGACAACUUCUAUUCGGUGAAAAUGAAUGAACAGAACUUGAGUUCAGUCAUAGACCAUGAUUUGGUUCAACCUAUGAGAAGACAAGUCGGCUCCAAAUCAAUGGCAAUAUCCAUGACCCUCAUGGCAAAGCAGUGCCCGAAAGACACGGUGAUAAAUUUCCGGACUGGAGUCAGCUGCGUCGAGAUUCCUCUGAACUUGACGCAUAUAUGCACAAUACCCCCAGGCAAUAUCCAGUGCCAUCACCACUCAGCCAUGACGAGGCGUUAUAAAGGCGACGAUGACCUGACGGAGGACACUUUCUUCGAAGUGGAGGGGACUUUCGCAGCCAAGGUAUACCUCAUUCUGAGGCAGCUGAAACAGGCGCGCGUAUUGCCCGUGGCGUUCAUCCUCGAGCGCUACGACAUGGAGCUGCAGAGCGAGCUACGUUUCUUCGACGCCAACAAAGGAUUUGCAGAAAACUUCGUUUAUGCCCAUCCGGAUGACAUUAAAGAAUGGACCGAGGACAUGCUGGACUGGCUUGAAAUUAGGGGACCAGAUAUAGUGUAUUAUUUAGUGCAUUCGAAGGCCUGCGACCUGCAAGAAGUACGAUGUUACAAGUCCUUGCAGUCAUACAACUAUCUGCAGUCAGGCUGGGUCGGCAAAGUUCUCCUGCACAUGGUGAAUGAAGACAUUGGGCUUUUAAAGGCAGAUGUCACGCCUUCACAAGCUAUAAAUAGCAAGCCUCUUCGUGUGUGGGUGUCCGCAAAGAAGCAAGGUGAAGUUCUAAGUGCAGGCUGCACCUGCAUGGCUGGACAAGCCAGAGUUUGCAGCCAUGUAGGUGCCGUACUCUGGAAAAUAGACUGUGCUGUUUCCCGUGGCCUGACUGGAAAGACUUGUACCGACGAAGCUGCAAAAUGGAACAAGGGUACAACUCGAAACGUCCAGCCCUCUGAAAUUGAGGCAAUCAACUUCAAGCUUCAAAAAAGAACUGUUGACCCGGCUGUACAGCGUCCGGCGCGAAAUGUGCAAGUGCUGCUUUCUGAAGCUGACAUAAAGAAGUUGCGUGAUAACUCCGGUUACCUUGAGCUGUUCAACAUACCAGGUAUGCUUCGUAGCACCUAUGAAACUCCACCAGUGAUUACAGAACCACAAGUGACAGCUUAA